UAUUUAAAACCUACUCAUGUAGUACAGCUGCCUCUCCAUUUUAAUUUCCCCGCCCUUCCUUUCCUGCAUUUUGUCAUUUAUUUCAUGUCUUUAUUUAAUUUAUAAUAGUGUUGAAAAUGAAUUACACAUCAUUUAAUUGACGAGGUCAAGAUUGACAAUUGAAAUAACUUAAACAUCUUAAACCACCAUUUGCACUUGACAGACUCAUUGGUCAAUUUAAAAACUGAAUGAUUUACAAAUACAGUUUCAGCUAUUUUGUCGCGACCUUUCAAUAUCUAUGAUGUUUAUACUUGAUGUUGUAACAGAAUUAGUUGGAUCACGUUGACUUUAAAGCCGCACUCAUCAAACAACAAACCGUCCGUUUCCCUGCAGCUCUGCCGAGAGUUGCAGCACCUCGCGGCUCUCUUGCCCUCAACGACACUGUUUUCAGCUGCGUUCAUCAUAAAUACUCUCAUGCAUGACCUGUACACGAUAUCAGCAGCAAACAGCAGACACAGUUAGAGAACGGUGGAAUGUAGUGCACUAUUUAGCGGCUACGUUGAUCACAUGGACAGAAACACGACUCCAAAUUAAUAAUAAUGUCACUCUGGUUUUGCUCAAUGUUCUCCUGCUCUGUUGGCCAAAUUAAUUAUUGCUGCUUUUAGGCAAAUUACAUUUGAGCAUGUGUCUGGAAAGUGAAUAGUCACAGAAUAGGUGCAGUAAGUGUUGUAUGGUAUUAUGCACUUUUUCAUUUCAUUGCGUCUUUAGAAAUGGACAGCUUUUUGCUUUUGCCGGCACUCUACUGGUUUCUGCCCUGCAUGUAUAAAGUGGGAGAAUAUCUGAUUUAAUUCACUUGGAAAAUGGAAACAAAUAAUGGAAAAUAUAAUUUACUCUUAUUGAGGCCGAACCACUUAGUGAUUGGCACAUUUUUAAAAAGGCUUUAUGAAUAAAUGUGUCACAUGUUUUUUUUUAAAUUUGUUUUAAUGUAACUACAUUGAUGAAUUGAUCAGGAUGUGUCUUUAAGGUCAAACUUUAAAAACCCAGAGAUUGUCCUCAGAUUGACGUUUCUCCCAGUGUAUUUGAGUUGGCAGAUGCAACUUAAAUCUCCCGGUGUGGGCGGACAGACUAGGCUACACUCCCAGCAUGCCUUUCAGCAGGUAACCUAUGUUUUAGAGGGGAUCACGGCCCAUGAAGACUUCUGUGGACAUUCAGGACAACUGAAAGCUGGAGAUCUGCAAUGGAUGACUGCAGGACGAGGGGUGGUCCAUGCUGAGAUGCCCGUGUCAGAGGAGCCAGUGGUGGGCUUACAGCUGUGGGUGAACCUGCCCAGUCGAGACAAGAUGGUGGAACCAGCGUACCAGGAGCUUAAAGGCUCAGAGAUCCCCAAACCCAGCCAGGGAGGAGUUACAGUCGCUGUGAUAUCUGGAGAAGCUUUGGGAGCAAAGUCUAAGGUCUACACAAGGACACCAACCCUGUACCUGGACUUCAGACUGCAGACAGAUUCCCGGCAUGUGCAGCCGGUGCCCUCAGGAUGGACUGCGUUCAUCUACACGCUAUCAGGGUCCAUUCAUGUCGGCCCAGAUGAGGAGCAGCAGAAGGCGGAGCCUCAUCACACCGUGGUGUUGGGAGACGGAGACUGCGUCAAAGUAGAAAACAAGGGCUCUGAAGUUUCCCAUUUUGUGCUGAUCGCUGGGGAACCGAUCAAAGAGCCUGUGGUACAACGGGGUCCGUUUGUAAUGACCACAGAGGAGGAGAUCAGACAGGCUAUCAGUGACUACCAGACUGGCAGAAAUGGCUUUGAAAGGGCCAUUAACUGGAGGUCCAAGAUCAGAGACUUGUUCUGAACACAUUGCACUCUCGUCCCUGGUAAAAAAUAUCAGCCACACUUGUUUGCUGCUAUAAAAGCAUAUUUAAAGGGAUAUGUGUCUUUGUUUAGCCUUUACUUUAACUUACAUGUCCAAGUGCUUCAUACCUUGUUGUUUGUACAGUAGUAUGAAAAUAUAGCACCGCUGCUUUGAAAGUCUUGCACACGUUGUUGUUGUUAUGAGGAUAAUUGUACAAACUAUUAAAUGGCCAGUGUGUAGCAUUUUUUUGCAGAAAUGGAAUACCAUAUUUUCAGGUGAUUAUGCA